CAUACUCUUCGACCUGUGGACGGUUUUGUCGGUUUAAAAAAUGCUGGUGCCACGUGCUAUAUGAAUUCUGUAUUGCAACAGGUUUUUACAUAUUUUUUUGCAUUCUUUCUUCCAUGCUAUAAUCUUUUUCAUAUUACUGUUAUUUUCAGAUUAGGAAAUCGUCCGACAAACAUUCGCGAACAGCAUGAUGCGCUUGAAUUUUGUAAUGCUAUCUUUGAUUCUAUUGAUGAAGGCUUGAAGCGGAUCGGUGAGCGCCCAAUAUGUGAAGCAUUGUUUGGAGGCACUUUUGCCGAUCAAAAAAUUUGUAAAGAUUGUCCUCAUAGGUACGAACGUGAAGAACCGUUUACUUCUAUCUCUGUUGAUAUUCGUCCAUAUAACAAUCUUAUCGAUUCAUUAAGAGAAUAUGUUAAAGGUGACCUGCUCAAUAAUGACAAUGCUUAUUUGUGUGAACAAUGCAAUAAAAAGGUUACAGCGGUGAAAAGACUUUGUGUUGGUAAACUUCCACCUUUUUUAAUGAUUCAAUUGAAAAGAUUCGAUUUCGAUUGGAAUCAGGAACUUUCCCAGAAAUUUAAUGAUUAUUUCCAGUUUCCAUUAGAAUUAGAUAUGUUUCCAUUUACGGCUCAAGGAUUAGCAGCUGCCGAUAGUUUGCUUUUUCAAAAUUUUUUUCAGAUUCUGAUUUUACUUCUAUCUCUGUUGAUUCUAAAUUUUGUAAAGUUUUUUAGUUUAACUCGGUAUCGAUUACGUGGUGUUGUUGUUCACUCUGGACAGGCAAGUGGUGGACAUUAUUACUCAUAUAUAAGAUGUGGUGAAAAAGACAACACUUGGUGUAGAUUUGAAGAUUCCGAAGUUACGAUGUUUUCCAUAUAUAUGCUUUGUAAUCUUUUUGUAAUCUAUUGUAAUCUUUAUAAAGAAUAG